AUGGCGUCGAGACGUAUGUUGAAUGACUCUGUAAUUGUCGGGGAUUAUUUUAGCUCUCCUAAGAAACAAGAGCAAAAUAAUAUCGUCACAAUCUCUACACCACGCAGGGCAACUAACCUUAUCAAACUCGGUGAGGAAUUAUUUUGGGAAAGCUCUCUAGAAUGCUUAAAGAAUUUCGUAAAGGUCGAUCUGAAUAUCGAAGGAAAAUGGACGUCCCCGGGUGGCGAGGUGAAGGUCUUUACAACUAAAGAUCACGUAAUCAAAUGGACUGGGAAAAGUACGAGAAAGCUUGUGGUUAUGAAAGACGAUAGCAAACAAAGUGUGAGUAAAAAGCUGGAAAGACGAGUUAUAUUGAGCGAAGACAAAGGUGCCGAAGCAAAAGACCAGAACGACAUGCAUCACUACGAAUUGGAUAAUGCGAAUAAAAACGAAAUCAUCGAUAACUUCCUAAUAGUUGAUGAAAGCCAAAGAAACGAAUUCAGUACGGGUCAACACCAAAACGAAUUUUAA